AUGUGCCGUGCCAAAAUCAUCGCCAAUUUGCAGACCAACACUAAUGCCAGAGCCAACACCAACGCCCACGCUAAAGAGACAAUCGUUCAAAAUCAAAAGUGGACCGAAUCAGGAAAAAGCCACCCCUCUAAGAGGGACUCGGGGUCGCCGUUGUUCGAAGAGGGGUUCGCAUAUACGUAUGCUAAGCGCAAUCGAAGUUGA